GGAGAUGGUGGCUGUGCGCUUCGGGUUUUAUGUGUGGUACGGGGAGGAAAAGUACAGUUGGUCUUUCAUUCUAACACUAGCACUCUUCACUGCGUGCUGAAAACUGUGGGUCGCGCGGACCGACGGCUUCCGUGGUGAUUGGUUGGUAAUGGAUGACAUCACUAACUCUCAUCCGCAUUAAAUUCCUUGAAAAGACGUCGAGAUCUCGUUCAACAUCUGGCGACUCACAAAAACUCCAGUGAAAAGAGGCUCAGUUUCGUUAGCAGUCAGGCGGAAAUGGCUGCUGUACUCACGAGUGGUGGGGGCCUCGCGUGCUCAAAGCGCGUGACGGGGAGAGCAGAGUAGCUGGAACAUGAGGAGAGCACUUUUAACAGGGAUAAGGAGAAACUACGCAGUGUGAACCAACUGGAUUUUGAUGUUUUUCCUUUUGCCCUGAUAUGCAUCUUUAAUAAUCAUGCAACAUGAAUGUAACUAACAGCACAGGAGCGGACGGAUCUGCGCCCUGGAACUUUACCGGUUCUCUUAGUAACUUGUCAAGUAAUGAUAAUCUCAGCUGUGACAAAAGCAGCACAAAUGGCUCGUGUACAGCUGCUGAGGUCACUGGGAGCCCAUACAAGACAGUGGAGAUGGUCUUCAUUGCAUUGGUUACUGGAUCAAUCAGCUUUGUCACCGUGGUGGGUAACAUCCUGGUAAUGCUGUCAAUUAAAGUCAACCGACACCUCCAGACUGUCAACAAUUAUUUCUUGUUCAGCUUGGCAUGUGCAGACCUCAUCAUUGGUGUGUUCUCAAUGAAUCUCUACACUGUAUAUAUCUUGAAGGGCUACUGGCCACUUGGCCCUGUGGUGUGUGACCUUUGGUUGGCUCUUGACUAUGUUGUCAGCAAUGCCUCUGUCAUGAAUCUGCUGAUCAUCAGCUUUGAUCGCUAUUUUUGUGUAACCAAACCACUAACGUACCCAACACGUCGCACAACCAAGAUGGCUGGUCUGAUGAUUGCCUCGGCCUGGAUCCUCUCCUUCAUCCUGUGGGCUCCUGCUAUUCUCUUCUGGCAGUUUAUUGUAGGGGAACGUACUGUGGAACCGGGAGCAUGCUAUAUCCAGUUUCUCUCUAACCCUGUGGUCACAUUUGGCACAGCAAUUGCUGCAUUCUAUCUUCCAGUGGUCAUAAUGACAGUGCUGUACAUUCACAUCUCCUUAGCUAGCCGCAGCCGUGUGUCAAAGCAAAAGCCGGAAGCUAAGAAGGAGAAGAAAGGCUUGAGGUCUGCUGGACUGCUGAAGAGUCACAUACUAAGGCAGAACAACAAUAAUCAGUCUCCUCCCAAGCCCAGCCUGGAUACAUGCAGCACAGCUGAAACCAUGAAAAAUGGACAGCUAGAUGAGACCAUGGUCCCCAAUAAAGCUGAUGGCAACAUUCAGCAUGAGGAGAAGGAGAGCUCAAAUGAUUCCAGCACAGCCAGCAUUGCACCCAAAGAACCCAAGGAAAGAGCCAACAAUGAAAGCACCUCACAGAAAGGUCUGACAUCUGGUCUUGCCCCUAUUCCCAAAAUCAACCCAGCCUCUAAAUGGUCCAAGAUCAAGAUUGUCACCAAGCAGGCAGGAGAUGAGUGCAUCACAGCUAUCGAGAUAAUUCCCCCAGAAAGUGGUACAGAGGGCCGCUCUAUCCCAAUCAACCGGCCACGCACAGUGGUACGCAAGUUCGCCAGCAUUGCCCGCAGCCAGGUGAAAAGGAAAAGACAGAUGGCGGCCCGUGAGAAGAAAGUGACAAAGACAAUCUUCGCCAUCCUUCUGGCCUUCAUCAUUACAUGGACGCCAUAUAAUGUGAUGGUCCUUAUCAGCACGUUCUGUCAGUCGUGUGUGCCGGACACAGUCUGGGCCAUUGGCUACUGGCUUUGCUAUGUCAACAGCACCAUAAACCCAGCCUGCUAUGCUCUGUGCAAUGCCACCUUUAAAAAGACCUUCAAGAACCUUCUCAUGUGCCAGUACAAAAACAUUGGAACCAGGUGAACUGGAUCUACUCCAAUGGAUUCCAAUGGAUAAUUGGGUUGUCCCCAGUAUUCUAGCCCAAAGUCUCUGAUGCACUGGAACCUGGACUGUAUCAUGUAGUAUCGUGUAUGAGGCUUUGAUGCAUAGUGCAUUGUGCAGUUUCAUUCAG